AUGGAGGACCUAUCCUCCCUGGAAGGCCCGCCAAUCCAAGAUGGUCGCUUCACGCCUAUUUCAUUCCCAAUGUCACCGGUCUCGCCAGAGAAUACCUACAUUGCCUACAACCCACUGCGAGACGUUCCUCAAGGCUCCGUAUCGCCACUGUCAUCCGCGCGAUCUGCCUACGCCAGGAGCUCUAUAUCCAGCGUACAAGGCUCUAAUCAAGUUCCACCUUUACGAAACUCACGAAGUCACUCUGCCCUGCGUGACACAACAGACGUCCCUCCCCGCCCAGCAAGCACAGACAACAGCAACAGCAACACCAGCGCGCCCUUCUGGCUCUUAGUAAAUGGGCGCCUCGUCUGGAUUGAAGACCUGCAAUUAUGGGUCCUAUGGGAUGAUGUAGUCGCCUCUCAAAAUCUAGGUGAAUAUUACACGCAACAACAGCAACGAGGCCAGCAGCAGCAGCAGCAGCAGCAGCAACAGAGUGGCCGAGGAAUCAGAACAUGGAAGAGUCUACCGCCAUUACCGCAUGAGAUUCAUCAUCUGUUACCCAUGCCGAUGGAUAUAGGGCCGAGUUUCGACCCAAACGAUCGCAUACAGCGACGCGAUCAUUACUAUUCGCAGACCAGUCCGACGAAUGCGCGGAUUCAGUUGCAGUGGGCCAGUUUGGCCGGUCAAUUAGAGAACACUCGCAGUCACCAGCGCAAUUGGAACCGGCAGGAACCGUACCAAGACAAUCUCAACCUCAGCCUCAACACCAACCUCAAUACCAACCUCAGCACCAACCUCAACACCAGCCUCAACACCAACCUCAACACCAACCUCAACACCAACCUCAACACCAACCUCAAUACCAACCUCAAUACCAACCUCAAUACCAACCUCAACAUCAGCCUCAACACCAACAUCAUCCGCACCAACACCAACCUCAACAUCAACAACAGUAUCACAAUCCCCUAA